AUGUCUGUGUCUACGGAGGCUAAUGAGAUUGACAGUCAACCGAUUUACACACCGUUAUCUUCGUCGUCUCGUCGACCACGGAAUUCAUUGGCAUCUCUUAAAACUAAACAAACAUCUUCAUCGUUGAUCCGUAUAAGUGCUAGAAUUGGGUUACUAUCAAAAUCUCAAGAAAUAAGUGAAGUGAGAGGUGGAGUAAGUCAACUGUAUCAGGCUGCAGCACGUUCUGAAGCUAAUUUGAGAAAACACAUUGACAAACUGAAUGAAGCCGCUGUUUCGUGUAUUAUUGAAGAUGGCCGUCGAUUUGGAGACUUCGGACGGCCCGGUAUGCGGGAUUUUCUCGACGUUGCCGUACCCGGUUAUAAGGGACCACUCCGUCAUACAGUUCGGCGGCGUUUAUCAACACUAUAUCAUGAAAAACGUGACCGACUUCGAGACACUCUAUCCACGAUCCUCGACAUCUCGUUGACAACGGAUAUUUGGAGUAGUUGUUCGAGAUUCCAUUUCAUAUGUCUCACUGCCCAUUACUUUAAUGACAGUUUUGGUUAUAUGUCAACUGUUAUUGGUUUCCGUCGAUUACGUGGUCGAAAAGUCGCUAAACGUUUGAAAAAACACAUUUUUUAUGAGAUUAAAAACUUAAAAAUUCAAUCGAAAAUUCGGUCAAUUACAACGGACAGUGGAAGUGAUAUCAAGUCAGCUACAGGAAGCACAGCCGAAUUCGGAACAAGAAUUGUUUGUUUAGCUCAUAAUUUAAACCUGAUCGUUACGACUGGUUUAUGUCUUUGGAGGAAACCAACAGAGAAAAAGCAAAGUAGAAUUUUUGAGAAGAAAGGAAAUGCGACAACAAGAAUAGCGUAUGCCGACGGAGAUUAUGAGAUUGAUGAAAAUCUGGCUGAUGGUGGAAAUGAUUGUUCAACAGAGUACGAUUUUGAUGACGACUCGUUGAAGAACAAAGAUGAAACGUCAUCGAAAGAAGAAGAUUUGAUCGAGGAAAGCCAAGCUGACGAUGAUGAACAGUCUUCCGAAAUCGAUGAUUUAGAACGCUGUAAAGAAUUUGAGUUGCUAAUGAAAAUAAAUAGUUUGUUGCAAGACGUACGAGCAAUGAUCACUUCCAUUCGGCGAUCGAGCAUUAUUCAAGCACAUGUUCGUACACAAGCAAAAAAUCAACUUCACUAUGAACUUAAACGUAUUCACCAAAUGGCGAAUGAUUCCGCCGUUGCUCAAGAUGAAAAGUCCCGAAUUAAUUUGAAUACCACCGAAUUAGAUGCGGUACUCAAAAGGUGUCUAUGUACAAAAUUUACGUAUUAUUUUGAAACUGUAUUACCAACUAAGCAGCAGGAGUUGGCUCUGGUUGCUUCCUAUUUUCACCCUUUCACGUACAAAUAUCUGAAAGACGAUGAGAAACGAGAAGCCGAAAAACUGAGUUUUGCUGAUAUUCAACGAGAAAAAGCUGUGUGCACAUCAGAAACUUCACAGCCGUCUCCGCCGAGUGUACAGUCUCAAACAACUACGAAAAAACAAAAUUCGCAGAUAGAUAUAUUUUUAUUCAUACGUGGACUCUCAAUAGACUCAACCGCGGUUAUGGAUACAGACAAAAAGAUACUGUUCGUUCGAGAAGAACUGGCGAAUUACGUGUCAAGAGUUAAGCCGGAUUUUAAAUUUGAAACAUUUUGGUCAGAAAACAAACAUGAUUUAAAAUGUUUGGCAUCGUUAGUUUGUCGUUAUAAUGUUAUCCCAGCGACCUCCGUUGCAAGCGAAAGUGCGUUUAGCAUCGCCGGUUAUAUUCAAAGAAAGCAAAGAGCAUCAUUGUUGUCAAGUACUUUGAAGUACUCUAUGUUUUUACGUGAUAAAGUUUCAAAUCAUUCCUAA